CUCCCAUUCAACUUCCUCCAAACCAACACACUCAUCCUUCUUCAUACUACAAAAUAAAACCGCAGCAGGAGCACAGCACAAAGCUACCAUGGCAUCGACUUUAGCACCUCAGGACAGUGAUCCUCGUACAGCAGCACUCAACAGCUACCGCAAGAAGCUACUUGAGCACCGCGAGAUGGAGGCCAAAGUCAAAGACUUACGCAUGGGACUCAAGGAACUGGAUCGCGCGUUUAACAAAUCAGAGGACGACAUCAAAGCCUUGCAGAGUGUGGGUCAGAUUAUCGGAUCUGUACUGAAGCAGUUGGACGAGGACCGAUUUAUCAUCAAGGCUGCAAGUGGACCUCGAUAUGUUGUCGGAUGCAGGAGCAAGCUGGACAAAUCAAAGUUGAAGCUGGGCACACGCGUUGCACUUGAUAUGACAACAUUUACGAUCAUGCGCAUGCUGCCACGCGAGGUGGAUCCAAUGGUCUAUAGCAUGGGUAUGGAAGAUCCAGGCUCGAUUUCUUUUGCUGGAAUCGGAGGAUUAAGCGAGCAGAUCAGAGAGUUGCGCGAGGUCAUUGAGCUGCCAUUGAUGAACCCCGAGCUGUUUGUACGUGUGGGAAUCAAGCCUCCCAAGGGCGUUCUGUUGUACGGACCUCCAGGAACCGGCAAGACGCUUCUGGCUCGUGCUGUCGCAAGCACAUUGGAGACCAACUUUUUGAAGGUUGUCUCCUCCGCAAUUGUUGACAAGUAUAUCGGAGAGAGUGCCAGAGUUAUUAGGGAAAUGUUUGCAUACGCCAAGGAGCAUGAACCAUGCAUUAUUUUCAUGGACGAAAUUGAUGCCAUUGGAGGACGUCGUUUCUCGGAAGGAAGCUCCGCAGAUCGUGAGAUUCAGCGUACAUUGAUGGAGCUGUUGAACCAAAUGGACGGAUUCGAUCACCUUGGGCAGACAAAGCUGAUCAUGGCUACGAACAGACCAGAUACAUUGGACCCUGCCCUAUUGAGACCAGGUCGUUUGGAUCGUAAGAUCGAAAUUCCUCUUCCAAAUGAGCAAGGAAGAAUGGAAAUUUUGAAGAUUCACGCCAUGGGUAUUACGAAACAAGGUGAAAUCGAUUAUGAGGCCGUCGUCAAGCUGUCCGAUGGUUUUAACGGAGCUGAUAUUCGCAAUGUCUGUACAGAGGCAGGCAUGUUUGCCAUUCGAGAGGAUCGCGACUAUGUCGUUCAGGAGGACUUUAUGAAGGCCGUUCGCAAAGUAGCAGACGCCAAGAAGCUGGAAGGAAAGCUCGAUUAUGAGAAGAUCUAAUUGGAUAAUAAUCAGCUGUGCUUACACCAAGACAUACAAUAAAGCAUGUGUGAACAACGAACAUUAACC